AUGCCUCUGCCCGUGCAGGUCUUUAACUUUCAGGAGAGUUCAGGGUCAGGGUUGGGGGGUGCAGCAGUGCAGGUUCAGAGCAGGUUCAGGGACCAUGCAGCCGCAGCCAGUUCAGCUUCACCUUCUAUGACAGAGUUGUGCUGCACCCCCAGCACCAGCAGGUCUGACCUGCUCCUCCCGUUUACCUCAGGGGACUAUGUGCUGAGCUCCAGCCUCUCUGCCUGCUCACUGCUCCUGGAGGGGUCUGUAGAGCCCAUGCAAAUAGAUGCUGAUCCACAGGAUGACCAGCAGAAUGCGCCUGACACCAACUAUGUUGUGGAGAAUCCAACCCUGGAUCUGGAGCAGUAUGCCUCCAGCUAUAGUGGCCUGAUGAGAAUUGAGCGGCUGCAGUUUAUCGCUGAGCACUGCCCACAGCUCCGUGUGGAGGCUCUGAAAAUGGCCCUGUCCUUUGUCCAAAGAACUUUUAACGUCGAUGUCUACGAGGAGAUCCACCGCAAACUCACCGAAGCCACAAGGGAAGUCCAGGCGGUCCCAGACGCUGUCCCUGAAGGAGCUGUCGAGCCCCCUCCUCUAGACACAGCUUGGGCGGAGUCAACCAGGAAGAAGGCUCUGCUGAAACUGGAGAAGCUGGACACUGAUCUAAAGAACUACAAGGGAAACUCCAUCAAAGAGAGCAUUAGGAGGGGUCAUGAUGACCUGGGAGAUCAUUACCUGGAUUGUGGUGAUCUCAGCAAUGCCUUGAAGUGCUACUCCCGAGCCAGAGACUACUGCACUAGCGCCAAACAUGUCAUUAACAUGUGUCUCAAUGUAAUCAAGGUUAGCGUUUACCUCCAAAACUGGUCCCAUGUACUUAGCUAUGUGAGCAAGGCUGAAUCCACUCCAGAGAUAGCAGAGCAACGAGGGGAGAGAGAUAGUCAAAACCAGGCGGUUCUUACCAAACUAAAAUGUGCCGCAGGACUGGCAGAGCUCGCCUCAAGAAAGUAUAAAGCAGCUGCCAAGUGCUUCCUGCAGGCCUCUUUUGACCACUGCGACUUCCCUGAGCUCCUGUCCCCCAGUAACGUAGCUGUGUAUGGAGGAAUGUGCGCUCUGGCCACGUUUGACAGACAGGAACUGCAGCGAAACGUCAUCUCCAGCAGCUCCUUUAAAUUAUUUUUAGAGUUGGAACCCCAAGUCCGUGAUAUUAUCUUCAAGUUUUACGAGUCAAAGUAUGCGUCUUGUCUGAAAAUGCUGGAUGAAAUGAAGGAUAAUCUCCUCCUAGACAUGUAUCUGGCCCCCCAUGUAAGAACACUGUACACACAGAUCAGGAACAGAGCCCUCAUACAGUAUUUCAGCCCUUAUGUGUCAGCGGAUAUGAACAAAAUGGCCAUGGCCUUUAACACCACAGUGGGCGCCCUGGAGGACGAACUGACACAGCUGAUCCUGGAGGGUCUCAUUAACGCACGCAUUGACUCCCACAGCAAGAUUCUGUAUGCCAGAGACGUGGAUCAGAGAAGCACAACAUUUGAGAAGUCUCUACAGAUGGGGAAAGAGUUUCAGAGAAGAGCAAAAGCCAUGAUCCUGCGGGCGGCUGUGCUUCGUAACCAGAUACACGUCAAGUCCCCUCCCAGAGAAGGCAGCCAAGGGGAGCUCACACCCGCCAACAGCCAAACACGAAUGAGCACCAACAUGUGAAGGGCCGGCUGGACGGACGGCUCUGUGUUUAGGACAGGUUCACGGGGGCCCCGGCAGCAGCAUCUUAGUCCUCGAUUAGAAAAUCAAUUCUGUUUCCCUGCUGAAGAAAGAAAAUCACAAUCUAAAGACUUUAUUUAAGUUGGGGAAAAGAUAUCUGUUGUCUACAUUACAGACAAGCACACCCUGUUGCUCAAAAAGAAACAAAAGUAAAACAAAAAAAAGGAGAAAAAAGAAAAAGAGAAAAAAAAAGAAUUUGCGGCACUUAAGCUGUACUGGCCUGUUGUUCUUUGUAAAAGAUGCACUUUCCUCCGUAUCUUGUGACAAACCUUGAUUACACAUCGAAAAACCUCAUCACAGAACAUGCUUUUCAAAUAAAUAUACAUUCAAAAAGA